CAGGUUGUGGCUGUACAACUUUUCAAGUCAAGUGUCACAUUGAAUCAAGUCCAUUCAUUAAGACUCAGCACGCUAGCCCAAUACCAUGUAUUCAGCAAGCUGGAAAGAAGCCGCGGGCAAAAGCACUGCCAAUCAGGAAGUCAAAUCUAGAAAAACCUCAAGUACCUCCUAAGCCAAUCCAUCUAAUAUCUGGAGUCCAAGAGAAGCCUCCCCAGAAAAUUCCUCCUGCUCCCUCAAGACCUCUGCCUUCUGCACCGAAAGUCACCAGGCGAACGAGGGAGAGGAUCCAGUCUGACAGAUCCGACAUCAGCGCACUCAUCCAGAAGUUUGAAAACAUCAGACAACCUAAAGAAUUUGUCAAACACAAUCGUCUCAACUCCUAUCUAAAAAUGGAACCUGGCUCAGGACCUUCCAAAUGCCCAUGUCCAUCAAGGAAAGAUUCAGUGGUUGAGGGUGGAUUAUCUGCGGAAGAACUGAGUGGUGCGGAGGAUAACGAACCUGCUAUUUCUCACAAUACAGACCUCUCAAGUCCUGAUAAUGUUAAAUUUAAGGAGCUAAGUAUCACUGACAUCAAUAACUGUGGGGAAAGCUCAUCCAUGCAUCGAAAUGGGGAAUCUAUUAGGGACAAUGGCAAUGAGGAACUUACAGUAGAUCAGAACGAUAAUGGUAAAAUUCCCAAUCGAGACAGCGGUAUUGACAGUCCUUCAUGUAGUGUGGUAGGGGAGGGUGUUUUCAAAUGAAGAGACUGUAGAGCAGAGGAAACUUACAUUACCUGUCACCACACUUGAAAUAAAUAACCGUGUCUCUGUGGAUCAGAAGAGGGACUCCACUCAGGAUGAAGAUAGUGACAUGGAUGAAGGAAGCAGUGAAGAACACGAAAGCACAGAAUUAACAAAAACAGAGAAUAUUGACACCACAAAGUGCACAGAAGCCCAGAAGCUGUUUAAUAUUGCAAAUGAGCUGCUCCACACUGAAGAAGCCUAUGUGAAAAGGCUCCAUCUCCUUGAUCAGGUAUUCUGCACAAAAUUAGCUGCAGCAGGAAUUCCACCUGAAGUGACGACGGGUAUAUUUUCUAAUAUUUCAUCCAUCUACUGCUUUCAUGGCCAGUUCCUGUUGCCUGAACUAAAGGCGCGGAUUACCCAGGAGUGGAGUACAAACCCUCGAAUUGGGGAUAUCCUACAAAAGCUGGCGCCAUUCCUUAAGAUGUAUGGAGAAUAUGUCAAGAACUUUGAUAAGGCUAUGGAUAUGGUAAAUACCUGGACUCAGAGGUCUCCUAUCUUCAAAGAGGUUAUCCACACUAUUCAGAAAGACGAGGUUUGUGGGAACCUCACACUGCAGCAUCACAUGCUGGAGCCGGUCCAGCGGAUUCCUCGCUAUGAACUUCUCCUGAAAGAUUAUUUGAAGAAAUUGCCGGAGGACUCGCUUGAUAGAAAGGAUUCAGAGAAGUCCCUUGAGCUUAUUUCCACUGCCGCAAAUCACUCAAAUGCAGCCAUUCGGAAGAUGGAAAAGAUGCAUAAACUGCUGGAGGUGUAUGAACGGCUGGGAGGGGAAGAGGACAUUGUGAAUCCCGCCAAUGAACUCAUCAAAGAGGGACACAUCCAGAAACUCUCUGCAAAGAAUGGGACCGCACAAGACCGCUACCUGUACCUGUUUAACAGCAUGAUGCUAUACUGCGUUCCAAAACUCAGGUUGAUGGGACAGAAGUUCAGUGUACGGGAAAAAAUUGACAUUGCUGGGAUUCAGGUCCAGGAAAUUGUAAAACCAAACUCAUCUCAUACCUUUCUGAUAACGGGAAAGAAGCGGUCAUUAGAACUGCAAGCCAGGACUGAAGAGGAGAAAAGAGAAUGGAUCCAGGUCAUCCAAGCAACGAUUGAAAAGCACAAACAGAACAGUGAAACAUUCCGAGCGUUUAACAGUUCCUUCUCCCGCGAAGAAGACCAUUGUCCAGACUCGCCGAUAGCAACCCCUGUGUCAUGUGAGUCUGCACCCGGAUCAGAUGGCUGCAAUUCACCUGGAGGACAAGAAUCAUUUAGAAAGUCUUCUAAAAUAAAACGGGACAAGGAAAAGCAUGGUUGUAAAGGCUGUGGAGAAACCUUUAACUCGAUUACAAAAAGAAGACAUCACUGCAAGCAGUGUGGGGCGGUUAUUUGUGCAAAGUGUUCAGAAUUCAAGCUCCUUGCGGAAAACAAUCGUCAUAAUCGUGUUUGUAAAGACUGUUUCUCUCCGAGCUCGGCGGCAUCUAGUCCCGGGGGAACUGACAUCCCAGAAAUUAAGAAGAAAGCUAAUGUAGAGAGGCAAACUUCCCUGUCUCCAGAAAGCAGUGUCAUGAGUAGCAGCAUCCUUUUCCUGGAGAAGGGGAAGACGUGGUACAAAAUGUGGGCUUGUGUCCCGAAGAACGAACCUCUUGUCAUGUAUCUUCAGGGCUCCAGUCAGGAUGUCCGACCUCAACGUGCCAUACCUCUGCCAGGCUACGACGUCAGUUUACCAAGUGCCAGCGAUAAGGUGGACUUAAAGCAUGUAUUUAAAUUAAGCCAGUCCCAGCAAACUUUGUUUUUUAGUGUUGAAGAUGAGGAACUACUGAUGAAAUGGUUAGAGCUUCUGGGUCGAGCAUCGAGAGGAGAAACAGAGGGGGUGGAAUGUCCUGAGAACGCCUAA